AAUCUCAAUUACUCCAGAAUCUAGGUUUCAUCUCUUUCAUAGUCUCGUUCCAAACUCAUCUUCGUCCCGAAACGCCUCAGGUUUCGUAGGAAUCUAUCAAUAAUCCAAGUGAAGGGCAGAAAGAACCGGAGAAGGGAAAAAUCUGACCAGUAAAUCGAAUCAAAUUGAACCCAGUAAUCAUUGAUUUACAUAUGCUCUAGUUUUGCUACAUUUAGGAUUUUUUUUUAGUUCAGGGAUUAUUUUCAUUUUAAGUGACUAUGUAAAUCGUCUGCAGCUGCCCCUUGUUAAAAGAACUUUUUGUUGCUCUGAAAUUACUGUAUAAAUGGCUCUCUUUGGAAUCUUUAGCUUCCGUUCAUUCUCAUUUGGUCUCAAGAUCUCGAAAUUAUCUGCCUUGCAUCUAAGUACAGUUUCUUCUGCCGAUUUAUUCUACGAUCAUCUGCAGAAAAACAAUGGAAACGUGGAGAAAAUCCUGGCUACCGUUAAGACGACGCUGGAUUCCAGAUGUGUCAACCAAGUAUUACAUAAGUGUUCCUUCGAACUAUCCCUAAUGGGUCUUAGAUUUUUUAUAUGGGCUGGUCGUCAACCUAAUUACAGGCAUAGUUCUUUUAUGUAUAGUAGAGCUUGUGAAUUGAUUGGAAUUGAUCGAAGCCCUUGUUUGCUUUUGAAUGUUAUUGAAGAUUAUAGAAGGGAGGGUUGUGUUGUUGAUAUUAGAAUGUUUAAGGUUAUGUUAAAUUUGUGUAAAGAAGCUAAGCUUGCCAAUGAGGCUUUGUUGAUAUUAGGGAAAAUGCCUGAAUUUCAUUUGCGUGCAGAUACUACAAUCUAUAAUCUGGUUGUAAGAUUGUUUAUAGAAAAGGGAGAGAUGGAUAAGGCGAUGAAGUUGAUGGAAGAGAUGGAUUCAAUAGAUAUUCAUCCUAAUAUGAUCACUUAUAUUGCGAUGCUCAAAGGAUUCUGUGAUGUGGGUCGUUUGGAGGAUGCUUAUGGGUUAUUUAAGGCUAUGAAGGAAAAUGGAUGUUCACCCAAUACACUGGCUUACUCUAUCCUGCUCAAUGGUGCUAGUCGACAGGGGAUUACGGAAAAGAUAAUGGAAUUGUUGGAGGAGAUGGAAAAAGAAGGGGGAAAUUGUAGUCCAAAUACUGUCACAUACACUUCCAUAAUUCAGAGUCUAUGUGAAUUAGGUCAGCCUCUGGAGGCAUUGAAGAUAUUGGACAGAAUGGAAAACUCUGGAUGUGCUCCAAAUCGUGUCACAGUUAGAACUUUGAUAAAGGAAUUUUGUAAAGAUGGUCACAUGGAAGAAGUUUAUGAGUUGAUUCAUAGAGUGGUUGCAAGAGGUGGUACUUCAUAUGGGGAUUGCUAUAGCUCACUUGUGGUGUCCUUGGCUAAGAUGAAAAAGAUUGCAGCGGCAGAGGAGCUAUUUAGAAACAUGUUAGCUAGUGGGGUGAAGCCAGAUGGUGUAGCUUGUAGCGUCAUGAUCAAGGAAUUAUGCUUAGAGGAGCGAGUGCUAGAUGGUUAUAACUUAUGCAAUGAAGUGGAUAGGAAUGGAUAUUUAUCUUCCAUUGACUCGGAUAUUUAUUCUCUCCUUCUAGUUGGUCUCUGUGAGCAUGAUCACCCUAUGGAUGCUGAAAAACUUGCAAGGUUGAUGCUUAAAAAAGGGAUUCGUUUAAAACCUCAUUAUGCGGAUCAUGUCAUCAAACAUUUGAAUAAAUUUGGAGAUCAAGAACUAGUUAUGCAAUUGGGUGGAAUAAGGAAAUGACUAGCGAAAGCAACCAAGAACUUAAUAUGGGAAUGAAGGUGCUGUUCUGUAUCUAAUAGACGUUCCUCGAGCUUGGUGUUGGGGUAGUGGUCACCGUAAAUGAGCCGUAUGAGACAUUGGGUUCCUACAUCUCUUAUAUCUUGUUUUAUGAAUCUGUAUUUUGGAACUAUGCAUUGUUGCCUGUUCGUCAAUAAGCUAGUCGACUAGAACCUACUUCUUGAUGAUUUUUAACAUGGAUAAAUAUCCCUUCAUGUAAUAUUUCAGUUCGGUUUGUAAGGAACAUUCCUUGACCUUUUCCAUUUUAUUCCAAAGACACGGAUCCAUGUGUUGAGCACAGAGCAAACUAUUCUUUCGCCUAUUACAUUUUAUUCUAUAAAAUAUUUACAAUUUCAUGUUCUUUUCAAGUACCUAUUGUUUUAAAGGUGGGGUGGUGGGUGGGUAGGUUGUUUCUUAGGAAGCUAUAAGGGAGGGGCCAUUGGAAAUUUCAAGGCAACAUUAUGAAAGAUCCCCUGAUUUGAAGUAAUUCAAAAUUGUCAUUGCAUAAAUCAUAAUUUUGGCAGGCUAAUGGAAUUGGUCGCUUGGCUAUCCCCACACAAUUAUUUUUUUGCACCUUCAUUUAGUAAUAUUAGCAAUACUGUAGAUUUCGUUCUUUUUCAAAUUGGUUUGUCUGCUUUGAAUUGUAUCAAACACGUGUAAUGAUUUUAGGUCUUUUUUUCUUUUUAAUGCAGAAACACCUUAUGAGCAAAUUAGGAUUUCUAAAACUAAAUGUGUGAGGAUUAUUUUCUAAUCCAAUUUGGAAUGAAUCUGACUAUGUAAUUUUGGAAAUUAUUGUUUCUAUCUGCAUGGUCAAGUUGUUCAUUCUGUAGUGAGGGCGCAGAUGUAUUAACCUUUUUGAUACAAUGCAUAUUUAUUGACUUAGGAGUACAAAAUUCAGCUAAGAAGAACCAACAUUUCAUUUUGGGUAACGUGUCCGUGUCGGAUGCUUUGACACUCCGACACUUAUCAGACACCUUGUUAGCUUAAUAGUGUCAUACACUAGUUGUACAAAGUGAAAAUUGAUUCGAUACUUGUUAGGCACGCAUCAAACACUUGUUAAGCAUGAGAAAUAAGAAAUAGACAUAAAUAGUAAUAUAAGACAAUAUAAUAAAUUUUGGGGUAAAAUACAUCAAACUCAUUUUUUUAAACAAAAUUGUAUAAGCUUAUUGACUUUAAAUUUCCUUGCGGUAUAAAAAUAUAUAUACCUAAAGAAAUUGUAUGUUUUAAUAAUUGUGUCUUUGCUCGGUCCAUGUCCUAUAUUUUUAGAAUAUAACAUGUCAUAGUCACUAUGUCCAUAUCUGAUGUCUGUAUCCAUGCUUCUUAGAAGUUCAGAUGUAAACCAGCCUUGGAACCUUUUAUUAUUUAAAUUGUCUUAAGAAGCACCGAAUACCAUUAAAAUCUUUGAAUUGUUAUUACAGUUUUGCUACUUGCAUUUACUCUUAAAUUUUAUCAGGCUUAUUCUUCAUUCUUGUCUCUUGAAUUAAUAUGCAAUGAGCAUCUAAUUUGGUUCCAAUUAUGGUAUGAAGAAAACUGAUCAUGUGAAAGAACUACUUACAGUCACUGCUGGAAUAAUAUAAACCAUUUAAAUUAUAUGUUAGGGAUCUUUUACAUGUUCUUAGCUACUCUCUAAGAAGCACGGACACGCGACACAGAUAUGACACGACACGGACACGGCGGCACGUUAGUUUCCAAAAAAGGACACGACACGUUGGGGACACGUUAUUUAUUUAUAUAAUUUUUAAUUAAUAUUUAAAUAAAAAAUUAUAUAUAUAUAUUUAAAAGAAAACCUAACUCUAGCCAUAAUUUUUCUCUCAUAAUCAAGAAGACCUAAUUUUCAUCUUGGAUUCCCCUCUUCCCACUUAAUAGUCUAACCAUAGUUUUUAUUUGUUUCGUCACAACCUGCUACCUCCUACUUCUUCUUCUUCUCGCCUCCUCUCCUCUCCUCCUUCUCCUUUCUAAACAUUGUCGCCUCUUCUUCCUUCUUCUUUGUUCACCUAUCUUUAUAAGUUUGGGGGAGUUAGUGACUCUUGGGUUCAUUUUUAUUUGGUUUCUAGAGAAUAAAGAAGACCUAUAGUUUGGUUGUUGGUUGAUGAAGAAGAAAUAAGAAAACUAUGUAAAAGGAAAAAAAAAUAAAAAAAAGACCCUCGCGUGUCCCGGUCGUGUCCUCAGCGUGUCCCAGACGUGUCCCCAGCGUGUCCCAUUUUUUAAAAAUAAAAAAUAAAAAAUUAAUUUUGGACACGUGUCCGACACCGACACUUCACCAUUUUAAGUGUGUCCGUGCUACCUAGGCUACUCUUAUCUUCGUUUUGCAGAUGAAAUGUUGGGUCAAUUAGACCAAGGUUUACAUCUAGCCUCUUCCCAGUGGCAGGUAUUCCUAAUGUAGAACAGCAUUUGCAUUUUCUUCUGUGCAUAAGCCAUCCUAUCAACAUUAUUCAUUAUAUGUUACUCAAAGCUGAACUUUUAUCCAUUUUUUAUGAUGGCCUUGAAGUUUAGAAUUUCAAUUUUGGUCAAAUUUGAUAAUUUAUUGGGUUUCUGUUUUGGUCCUUGUAAAAUUUCAACUAAUUUCUAUGUAGUAGAAGAAGGCUGUUUUAAUUAACCUCGUGAGGGGAGGGGCUGAAUCCUUUCCCAACAGCAAGGAAAUGAUCAUAUCAGAAAUAAACUCCAAAGCUUCUUCUGCAGUCUGCUUCUACAAUGGCUCUGUUCAAGUUGAUUUCGCUUUCUCGAUUGGAACUAUCAUUGUCGCAGUUAGUGUUGACGACAGAAGGAACUCACAAUUUCUUCGGACACGGCUUGGCUUAAGCUUUUGCGUUAAAAUCCCAGAUGCUAAUUUGUUUUGUGAGAGGCAGAGGAGACUAAGYGUGGAGGAACCGUGCCCAACACGCAACGCUUCCAUAUGGACUUUCGGGUGAACAAAUGAUUUUCUUUUUUGUAGUUUGUAUAUUGAUUUGGAUGAGUGAAUUUUACCCAUUUAUUGAUAGAUAAAUGAUAGGACAACUCUGUCUUCUCCGUC